AUGUCUUUCAGCGGAACCCAACAGAAAUGCAAAACUUGCGAUAAAACUGUUCAUUUGGUUGAUACAUUAUCGGCUGAUGGUAAUGUUUAUCACAAAAACUGCUUCAGAUGUAUCCAAUGCAAUGGCCUUCUUGCGAUGAGCAACUAUACAUCAAAUGAAGGAGUUUUGUAUUGCAAGACUCAUGCUGAGCAGCUUUUCAAGGAUUCUGCACUCAAGAAAUCCCCGUCAGGAAAGCCCAGCGAACUGCCUAGGGCCCCAAGCAAACUUUCUGCUUUCUUCUCGGGGACUCAAGAAAAAUGUUCGUCAUGCAAGAAAACUGUAUAUCCAUUGGAAAAGUUGACAGUGGAAGGUGAAUUUUACCACAAAUCAUGCUUUAGGUGUACACAUGCAGGAUGUUUUCUGAGCCCUUCAUCCUAUGCUGCUCUUGAUGGAUACAUAUACUGCAAGCCACACUUUUCUCAGUUGUUUAAGGCUAAAGGUAGCUAUAGUUAUCUCUCCAAACAAGCUUCGUUGAAGAAAAAUGACGAAGCGCUGCAACAGGCUGCAGAAGCGAAAACAGAUGAUAAUUCAGGAGCAACAUCAGACGCGGAGACAAAGGAAGAGGAACAAGAUCCUGCUGCUGUCACAGAAGAGGCGUAG